CCUCAAAUGUUAAAGUAAGUGAUUCUUUUCUUCAAGUUAAGAAACAGUAACUAGGUGCCACUUUGUUCCAGACCAGAAUUGUUCCUAGCUUUUUGGCAACAAAACCUGGUCUUGAGAAGGUUCUUAGUUCUUGUGUUUUGAUGAUGUUGGUGUAAGCUGAAGAACUUGGAAGGAUUUUCAAGGUUUUCUUAAAAAGGAAGGUUCUGUUCUUGGAGACAUGGUUAUUGGAACAAGGUGGUUUUUGUUUAUGCUUGCUUUGUGUUUGUGGAUUUUCCGCAAUGAAGGAGUGGGAAUAACAGGACCUUCGCCUAAUACCACUGUGAAUUCCACUGUUUCUUCUUCAAGACCAAAGGUUGUGAAGAUUGGAGUCUUGUUUACUUUGGAUUCCAUCAUUGGAAGAUCUGCUAAACCUGCUGUUAUGGCUGCCAUAGAAGAUAUUAACUCCAAUAGAAGCAUUCUCCCUGGCAUUGAGCUUCAGGUUAUUUUUCACGACACAAAUUGCAACGGGUUUCUUGGAACAAUGGAAGCUCUGCAGUUGAUGGAGAAUGAUGUCGUCGCCACAAUUGGACCACAGUCUUCUUCAAUAGCUCAUGUCGUCUCCCAUGUGGCUAAUGAACUUCAUGUACCUCUUCUAUCAUUUGCUGCAACUGAUCCUACUCUAUCUGCACUUCAGUAUCCAUAUUUCGUCCGAACCACUCACAGUGACUACUAUCAGAUGUAUGCAAUCGCUGACUUUGUCGAAUAUUUCAGAUGGAGGGAGGUAAUUGCCAUUUUUGUAGAUGAUGAUAAUGGAAAGAAUGGAAUUUCUGUGUUGGGUGAUGCAUUGUCAACGAAGCGUGCCAAGAUCUCUUAUAAGGCUGCACUCCCUCUUGGGGCCAACAGAAAUGAUGUCAGUGACUUGUUGAGUGAAGUGAACUUAAUGGAAUCAAGAAUCUAUGUUCUACAUGUUAAUCCUGGUUCUGGUUUGUCAAUCUUUCGUGUUGCGAAGCAGCUAGGAAUGAUGAGCAAUGGCUAUGUUUGGAUUGCAACAGAUUGGCUUCCUUCAGUUCUGGAUUCAUCCGAGACACCAGACACUGACACAAUGAAUGUUCUAGAAGGUGUUGUGGCUUUUCGCAAUCACAUUCCUGAUACUGAUAUGAAGAAGAGUUUGAUCACUAAAUUGAAACGUCGAAAGGACAAGCAGACUUCAAGCUUCAAUUCCUAUGCAUUCUAUGCAUAUGAUUCUGUCUGGUUAGCAGCUUAUGCCCUUGACAUUUUUCUCAAUGAAGGUGGGAAUAUAUCUUUCUCCAGUGACCCUAGAUUGCAUGACAAUAAUGGAAGCACCUUGCAUUUAGAAUCACUUCGCACUUUUGAUAGCGGCCCUCAGUAUCUGCAAACUAUUUUAAGAACAAACUUCACUGGUUCGAGUGGUCGAAUUGGGUUUGAUACAGAUAGGAAUUUAAUCCGUCCGGCAUAUGAUAUUCUGAAUAUUGUCGGAUCUGGAUUGCGUAGAAUUGGUUACUGGUCUAAUCACUCUAGUUUGUCAGUUGUAGCUCCUGAUAUUUCAUAUGCAAAAUCAUCCAACCAUUCUUCUAAAAGCACUCAACAGCUUUAUAGUGUGAUAUGGCCGGGAGAUGCUAAAACUACACCAAAAGGAUGGGUAUUCCCCAACAAUGGAAAGCCAUUGCGGAUAGCAGUGCCGAAUCGAGUAAGCUACAAGGAGCUCGUUGCCAAAGACAAGAGUCCUACAGGAGUACAAGGCUAUUGCAUUGAUAUCUUUGAAGCGGCGUUGAACUUGUUGGCUUAUCCCGUCCCACGACAAUAUAUAUUGUAUGGAAAUGGUGAAAGGAAUCCUAGCUACAAUGAUCUUGUAGAUCAAGUUGCACAAAAUAACUUUGAUGCAGCUGUUGGAGAUGUCACAAUUGUCAUGAACAGAACAAGGUUUGUGGAUUUUACUCAGCCUUUUAUGGAAUCAGGGCUUGUUGUUGUUGUUCCUGUCAAGGAGGAGAAGUCAAGCCCCUGGUCUUUCCUUAAGCCAUUCACAGCUCAAAUGUGGUGUGUUACUGGUGCUUUCUUUCUUUUCGUGGGAACCGUUGUGUGGAUCCUCGAGCACCGGCUCAAUCACGAGUUCCGCGGUCCACCAAGGAAGCAACUAAUAACAGUCUUUUGGUUUAGUUUGUCAACAAUGUUUUUCUCACACAGAGAGAACACUGUGAGUGCUCUCGGGAGACUGGUGUUAAUCAUAUGGCUAUUUGUGGUGUUGAUUAUCAAUUCAAGUUACACAGCUAGCUUGACAUCAAUCCUAACCGUGCAGCAGUUAUCGACACAAAUCGAAGGAAUUGAUAGCUUGAUCUCUAGUAGUCAACCAAUUGGAAUUCAAGACGGGUCAUUUGUGAGGAAGUAUCUGACAGAUGAACUCCACAUAGCAGAAUCUAGGAUAGUUACAUUGAAAAACAUGGAGGCUUAUAUCGAUGCUCUUCAGCGUGGGCCGAGCAAUGGAGGGGUUGUGGCGGUUGUUGAUGAACUUCCUUAUAUUGAGAUCUUGAUGGCCAAUACUGAGUGCAAGUUUACAACUGUUGGCCAGGAGUUCACUAAAAGUGGCUGGGGAUUUGCAUUCCAGAGGGACUCUCCCCUCGCCGUGGACAUGUCAACGGCGAUUCUUGAACUCUCGGAGAAUGGGGACCUGCAAAGGAUCCAUGACAAAUGGCUUAAUAAGAAGGAGUGUGCAAGCAAUGAUGCUGAUUCAAACAAACUAUCUUUGAAAAGCUUCUGGGGCCUCUUCCUUGUGUGUGGCAUUACUUGUUUCCUUGCACUGAUUGUGUUCUUUGUUAGAGUGUUCUGUCAAUACACAAAGUUCAUCCCAGAGCACGAAGAAGCCGACGAGGAGAUUCAGCAACCGGUCCGGCGGCGUAGAAGGGCAACCAAAACUCCUAGCUUCAAGGAAUUGAUUGUUUUUGUAGAUAAAAGAGAAGCAGAAAUUAAAGAGAUACUGAGACAGAAGAGUAGAAAGAGGCAGCGCAGCAAAAGUUUAGAUGAUAACUCAAAUUCACCAGUCUAAGUAAACCAUUUUGGUUGGUGAAAUUUUAUGUCUUUAUUUUGCUACCAUGUUCAUAUUUUUAGAAUGUUGUCACACACACACAGAUUGUUAGUCUAUAUACCAGAGUGAAAAUUUUCUACCUUCUUGCAAGGAAAUUGUAACUGUAGUAAGAUUGUAACUAACACAGUUUAAAGAAACGUAAAAAUCUGAGUUUUAUUUUCAAAUUAAAUAUACUAUGUAUGUAUUUACUAUUUAAUAAAUAAAAAAUUUGCAUAA